CUCCCCUAGUUUCCAGCACGCUAGACCCUUUCCCUCGCCGUACAUGUAUAAAAUCCGGAUACGGAUACUAAUCCGGAAUAAAACGAUGAUAUUUCAAAAUACAAUGACGAGGGGAAAGACCCUGAAGAUAGCCUUCUUUGGCAUACUCCUGGGCCUGUCCAUCGGAACCGGACUGAAGACCUACCAGGCUUUGGAGAUCGUUAAACGAUGCGGCAUCCGGCCCACAAAUCAAAAGACUCCGGAGGAGAUCAUUGGCCUCAGCGAGGAGGAUACCAUCCAGAAUUCACAGAGAAAUCUCGUCUUUGUGGGCGUGAUGACGGCCAAGAAUUUUCUGGAGGGCCGGGCCCGGGCGGUAUAUGAUACCUGGGGCAAGGAGGUGCCCGGACGGAUAGCAUUCUUCAGCUCGGAGGGCAGCUACUCCGAGGACCUGCCGGUGGUGAGCCUCAAGAACGUCGACGAUCGCUAUCCGCCGCAAAAGAAGUCCUUCAUGAUGCUGUACUACAUGUACGAGCACUACAUCGAUCGGUUCGAGUGGUUCAUCCGGGCGGACGACGAUGUCUACAUAGAGCCGGACAAGCUGGAGCGAUUCCUGCGCUCCAUCGACAGCUCCAAGCCGCAGUUCAUCGGCCAGGCCGGGAAGGGCAACAGCGAGGAGUUCGGUCUACUGUCCCUGGAGUUCGACGAGAACUUCUGCAUGGGCGGUCCAGGCGUGAUCCUCAGCAGCGAGACCCUCCGUCGGGUAGCCCCUCACAUCCCCACCUGCCUGAAGAACCUCUACAGCACCCACGAGGACGUGGAGGUCGGCAGGUGUGUCCAGAAGUUUGCCGGCAUUCCCUGCACCUGGAAUUACGAGAUGCAGUACAUCCUGAGACACAACUCGAGUGGAAGGAACGCAUACACCGGAAAACUGAAGCGCAAGGAAAUCCACAACGCCAUCACCCUGCAUCCGAUUAAACAGGCUCCGUUGAUGUACCGACUGCACUCCUACGUACAGGGACUGAAGGCGGAGGAAAUGCGGCAGGAAUCGCUGCUCCUGCAUCGGGAUAUCAAGCGAAUGGCCUCGUACCUUGAAGUUCCGGACGAGAGCACCUACAUGAUGCCCAGUGUAUCCCCGGAAAGUGACUCCAACAAGCGGCACUUCCAGGAUCACAACAUACUGGGAAUCAGUCCAGAGCUGAACAAAUUUGUGCCGAGCAGUACGGAGGAUCUCCUGGACUGGUCCUUCAUUGCCCGCAGCCUGUACUCGGCCAGCUCGGCUAAUCCCAAGCAGAAGAUCGACUCAGCCAUGCGGGAGGGACUCGAGGAUGUGAUCACCGAGGUGAUGGAGAACAUCAACAACUAUUCCCGGCAACGGGGUAGGGUCAUAGAGUUCCGGGAACUGCUCUACGGCUACCACCGUUUGGACGCCCUCCACGGCCAGGAUCUGAUCCUCGAUCUGUUGCUCAUCUACAAGAAGUACAGCGGCAAGAAGAUGACGGUGCCGGUGAGAAGGCAUCUCUACGUCCAGCGGGCCUUCACGGGGAUCUUCGUCAAGGAGGUGGACGAGGACUUCUACAAUGUAACCUUGCAUCAGAGUUUGUUGGGCAGCCUCCUUCAGAAUGGUAUGGCCCGGCUGAGCAGUCACUUCACCAUGCCCAGUGGCCUCCUGCCGCCCACGGAGGACAAGAUCGUGUUCGUCCUGCCCAUUGCCUGGCGACUGGGAACCUUCGAGCGCUUCCUGCGCACCUACGAGAGGAUCUGCAUCCGCGGUGAGCAGCACUGCGACCUGCUGGUGGUGAUAUUCGGCGCGCCCGAGGAGCUGGGCGAUCACAUGCAGCUCCUCCACGACCUGCAUGCCCGGCACGUCUACCAGCAGGUCAACUGGAUACAGAGAAGUGGCCCCUUCUCGCGAGGAGUGGCCCUGGAUGUGGCAGCGAGAUCCUCGUACAUCCGGCAGGAGGACAUCAUUCUGUUCAUCGACGUGGAUAUGGUGUUUGAGGUGGAGACCCUGCAGCGGGUGAGGAUGCACACGCAGCGCGGCAAGCAGGUGUAUCUGCCGAUCGUCUUCAGCCAGUACGAUCCGCAGAGGAGGGGCAGCGAGGCGCCGUGGGAGGGGGAGUCGCCCCGGAUCGAUGACGAGAGCGGUUACUUCAGGCAGUUCGGUUUUGGGAUAUGCGCCAUUUACAAGUCCGACAUCCUGGACGAGGACAUCAACGGCUUCGACAAGGACAUCACCGGCUGGGGGCUGGAGGACGUCAAGUUCCUGGAGAAGAUUGUGCGCGUGGGCACCCGCCAAUGGGGCUUCCUGGCCAACACCGCCGAGCUCUCGUCCGAUUACAACGAGGCCGCCGAGCAGUGGCGUCGCCUGACCGUGUUCCGUGCUCCGGAUCCCACGCUGGUCCACAUCUACCAUGACAUUAGCUGCGACAUCCAGCUGGACGCGCCGCAGUACAACAUGUGCCUGGGCACCAAAGCCAACUCCAUCGGCAGCACCCGCCUGAUGGAGCAGCUAUUCCACAGCAGUCCAGAGAAUGUCCAGUUCGCCAGCGACUUUAAUCGCCAGAAACAGCAGGCCCGGUGAUGAUCCAUGUGUCAGGGGCACUCCCGCCAGCCGGCCAGCUAUCCUGCCACCAUAGUAUUAUCCAAAACGUUUCCUAGGCUAGUGUUUCGAUCCGAUAUGCCAAAUAACUGCUGUAGUCCUUAGUCCUUAGUCCCUAGUAGGGUAGACCAACCGGGCUCAACCGAAACUCAGUGAUGGAGAGGAUUAGGAUUUGUGAGGAACUAUAUUUAAGCUGUUGACCAAUGAAAGAGAAUACAAUUCAAUAUAAAUAUUUUAUAAUAUUUUCUAGGGCAUUUACUACCACUUACCCAUGUAGAUACUCUCCUCCAUCACUACACCAUAGUUAGUUGCUAGAAUUAAAUAUUAAAUCUGUAAUUUAGACUAAAGGGAGCACUGUAUUCCACUUAAAAAAAACACAUCUAGGGUGAAUAAACAAUGUCUUUAUUCAAAUUAA